AUGAUUGAUUUUAAAGAUGGUGUGGAUUUAUUGUAUUUUACAGUAAAUAAUGUUCCUAUUACAAAUUUAUAUAAAAAUGUUGCUUCUACUAAUUUAUGUGGAAGAUAUGAUGUAAAUGAAGAAUAUCAAUAAGCGAAUAUCGAUUUUGAAAAUAAUGAUAAAUCGAUUGAUAUCAAAAUUACUACAAAUUAUAAUGUUGAUAGUGAAUCUAUUCAAAAAUUUUUUGGAGUUACGGAAUUUGUUAUUUAUGGUUUUGAAUGUAUGCCUUAAUGUGGUAAAUGUGCUAACAGUACCUCUUGUAUCUCUUGUAGAAGAGAUUAUUAUUUUAAAAAUGAUGACUGUUUUAAAUGUAGGGAAGGAUGUUAUACAUGUUCAGAUGGAGAUUCUUGUGAUUAAUGCGAUUAUCAUUAUUAUUAUGAUGAUCCUAUAUGUGUUAGUAAAUGUCCAGAUAGAAAAUAUAAUGAUGGAUCAUCAAUAGAAUGUGAGAAUUGUAAUAAUAAAUGUGCAACUUGUUCUAAUGAGACUGAUUGUGAUACAUGUUUUGGGAACAGGGUUGCACCUGCCUGUGAAUGCCCUGCUGGCAUUAAUUAUGAUAGCUUGGAUUACACAUAAACUUGUAUUGAAUGUUCUACUAUAUCUAUUGGAUGUUCUGCUUGUAAUGCUACUACUUGCUAAGCAUGUCUAUCGCCUUAUUUUUUAGAUGGAAAUUUAUGUGUAAAUAUUUGUCCUCCUGGUAAAUGGGGGAAUACGGCAAAUAGAUAAUGUGCAGCUUGCUUAGAUAAAUGUAUAACUUGUUCUAAUGCGACUGAUUGUGAUACAUGUUUUGGGAAUAGGAUUGCACCUGCUUGUAAAUGCCCUGCGAAUAGUUAUGAUAGCUUGGAUUUCAAAAAACCUUGUACUAUAUGCUCUACUAUAUCUAUUGGAUGUUCUGCUUGUAAUGCUACUACUUGCUAAGCAUGUCUAUCGCCUUAUUUUUUAGAUGGAAAUUUAUGUGUAAAUAUUUGUCCUCCUGGUAAAUGGGGGAAUACGGCAAAUAGAUAAUGUGCAGCUUGCUUAGAUAAAUGUAUAACUUGUUCUAAUGCGACUGAUUGUGAUACAUGUUUUGGGAAUAGGAUUGCACCUGCUUGUAAAUGCCCUGCGAAUAGUUAUGAUAGCUUGGAUUUCAAAAAACCUUGUACUAUAUGCUCUACUAUAUCUAUUGGAUGUUCUAUUUGUAAUGCUACUACUUGCUAAGCAUGUCUAUCGCCUUAUUUUUUAGAUGGAAAUUUAUGUGUAAAUAUUUGUCCUCCUGGUAAAUGGGGGAAUACGGCAAAUAGAUAAUGUACAGCUUGCUUAGCUAAAUGUGCAACUUGUUCUAAUGCGAAUGAUUGUGAUACAUGUUUUGGGAAUAGGGUUCCUAAAUAAUGUAAUUGUCCUUAAUAUUCCUAUGAUCCUAAAGCUUUCAAUUAAGCCUGUACUAUAUGUUCUACGUUAUUAAUCGGAUGUGCUACAUGCAGAAAUAUUUUAUGUUCUUUAGAUGAGUAUUUAAAAACACUUACAAUUAAACUUGAUACUGUAAGUACUAUUAAUAAGGAUGAUGUAAUAAAAAUAAAACCAGGUGUAUUUAAAUUAGCAAAUCAUGGAUUUAUUUGUCCUGAUUUUCUUUAAUAAAUAACUG